CUCUUAUUAAUGUUUUGCCUGCUUUCUUCAUUUAGUUUGGAGGGAUUCUAAAGGUAAAAGACAGGGAAGAAUAAAUGUUCAUUUUUGUUGUUUGCUUGGGUAAAACUGUGGCCAUCGUCAUAUGAAAUGGUCAAUUUUUGAAGUAACAGUAUGUCUGAGUUCAAAAAAACUUUUGUCCAUAUUCAUCUUCAUUCACUAUAAAACCAAUUCCAAAUUCUUUAAUGAUCCAAUCCUCGGGAGAGAAAGAAGAAAAGGGCCAUGAAACUAACCAUGGAAAACUCUCAAUCUCAAAUUGAUCUUGCGACAGACAGUUUUUCUUACAGCUGGUUGAUAAAUGACAGCAAAUCCUCUUCUUCUUCUUUUGAUGGCCUUCUUGAAUCUCUAAGAAGGCCUUCCCUAGAAAAUUAUGAUCAUAAUGAUGAUUCUAUUCCCAUUUUCAAUACCCAAAUCUUUAAAGAUGGUCAUCAGGAAUUCGAUUUCAGAGUUAAUCAUGAUCAUCAUCAACCUGGAGCGGGAGGAGAAUCCAGCAGGUUUUCCAUUAAUCUUGUUCACGCUGAUGAACUCUUCUGUGAUGGAUGCAUCAGACCUGUUUUCAUCAACCAGGAAAAACACCCGGUUUCGGUUCCAGUUACACCUAUCCAUUCAUCAUCAUCAGUAUCAGUGUCUUCAGGUUCAGGUUUUCUGAAAAACCAGGGCCAGAGUUUUAGCUCUGGUGAUGCGAAAUGUCGGAAAAAAUUGUCUGCAGGGAAGAAAGUGUUACAGGGAUGUUGUGGAGGUCUGUCGAUCAGGCCGAUUUAUCGGGUGUUGGGAUGCUCAAGAACAAGAGUUAGAGUAGAUGAUUUGGAUAGGAAAGUUUUGGAAGUUGGAAAAAGCAGGGGAAAUUCAGUUCCGGCAUCCCCAGAGAGAAGAAGAAGUUGGAAUUCUUUCAAGAAAUCAAGAAGCUCAAUUAGUGAGAAACUCAUAAAUCAUUCCCCUCAGGCUUCUCCAAUAUCAUCAUCAUGUAGUCCUCUUCAUUACAGUAGUAGUAGUAUUCCUGAGAGCUCAAUUCAUGAAGCUAUUCUCCACUGCAAAAGAUCAUUUGCAAAUUGAUCAAUGGAGAUGCUGUUGAUGCUGCAUAUUUGCACGGGAGAAAAGUGGAAAAGAGAAUAGAAGGGGGAAAUUUAUUUGAUCCGUGUUCAUCAUUUGGUGCUGAGAAUUAGAUUUUUUUUUUUUUUGUGAAACUCAGCAACAGAUUCAAUUGGUUUAUGUAUAAUUUUUCUCCAUUUGUAACUUAUAGCAAUAAUAAGUAUUAAGCCUUCGGAACAAAAAGAAGCUCCUUUUCAGCAGGAAACAUUGUCCUAAAGCUCAGGGAAUGAAAGAAAAUUAAGAUGAUAUGAAUGUUGAAGUUUUUGGCUUCUUUCCCUACAAUUAUUAGUCUAUCCAUCUCUGAAAAGUCAUAUAAUACUUCAUCCGUCCCGAAAUUAUUGUCCAGUUUGAAUUUUCAUAUUUAGUUCAAAUUGUAUUAAGAAUGAAAUUU